AUGGUGGGUUUCGUACCUUCCGGAGCCAUUCCUAUAAUGGUUCCGGGAGAGUAUUGUUCUGAAGCAGUUGUGGAGUGGUCAAAUAAAGUUACCAAAGAUCAUAAUGAGAAAAACAAAUUUUCACAGUUGAAAGAAAAAGCCAAGCGCCAUCUUUCGUUCCUGGGUUGGACUUUUUGUCAGGUCAAGAAGAUGGAAAACAGGCAAGAGUUGCGUUACAUCUCACCAUCUGGACGGCGUUAUUACUCUCUGCGUACCGCUUGCAAAGCUUGUUUGGACCAAGAGAGAAUUACUACUGAACUACGGCAAUCGCCACCGCCGCCACCAUCAGCGGUGGCGAGUUCUUUGAUUCCCGAAAGCCAAGAAGACGAUGCCGUUGCUGCUGAGAUACCGAGCCCAGAGUAUCGAAAGAGAAAAGCUACGAACUUGGUUAGCGAAUCAGGUGGUAAGAUUGCUGAUUUUGGCUUGGAUAAUCCGAUGAGUGAACGAGUAGUUGUUUCUGCUGACACAGGAACCGAAGAAAGAGAAAAGAGGGUUCUAAAGGUUGUUGCGAAACGAAAAUCACGAACGAUGCUUUCCGAUUUGAUAGACAACGGUGUCAUUGCUUUGGGAACCGAAGUCCAUUACCGGGGGACACAGUGUAGGGGUGUGAUUUUUCGUGAAGGGAUUAAGUGCCGGUGUUGCGGCGAGUGCUUCUUCCUCACUGCAUUCGAAAGUCAUGCUGGCAGCACCAAACACCGUCCGGCAGCCAAUAUUAUGCUAGAAGAUGGAAGGAGUUUACACGAUUGUCAAAAGCAGGUGAAUGUCAAGAGUGUUGACACAACGAAAGAAAAUCUGAUCGAGGGGGCUGUUGAUCAUGACAACCUUAAUAAUGAUAUUUGCAACGUUUGCCACUACGGCGGCGAGUUGCUUUGUUGCGACGGCUGUCCGUCAGCGUAUCACUCCCGCUGUUUGGGUAUCGAACUCCCUCCUCCGUCCGACGACUGGUUCUGUCCGCUGUGCCGUUGUGGGAACUGCCGCAGCGGGAAUUUCAAGAAUAUUUCGGUGGGUGGAGACUACUUCGCGAGUCUAGUCUGCCACCAGUGCGAGCAAAAAUUCCACUACUCAUGUUGCGGGGUGGUGUUUUCGCAGCAAGAAGGAUUCUUCUUUUGCAGCGAGAAUUGCAAACGUGUUUGUUUGGGUCUCAGGAAACUCGUUGGCAAACAGAUUCCAGUAGACAAAAAUGGUGGUAGUCUGACAUGGACGUUGCUGAAACCCUCAAACGAAAUCUGCGCCAAACUCAAGAAUGCUUUAAGUAUGUUGCACGAGUGUUUCGAGCCGGUGAUAGACCAUCUCACGGAAAGAGACAUAACAGAGGAUAUAAUCUUCGGGAGAGAGUCGGAGAUAAAGCGUCUCAACUUCAAGGGGUUCUACGUUGCUAUUUUGGAGAGAGAAGAGGCGAUGGUGUCUGUGGCUACGGUGAGAGUGUUUGGUGAUAAGGUUGCGGAGGUACCUCUGGUGGGGACCCAGUAUCUGUUCCGACGACAGGGAAUGUGUGGCGUCAUGAUGGAGGAGCUUGAGAAGCAGCUGAAGGUUUUGGGUGUGGAGAAACUGAUAUUGCCUUCGGCUUUGGAGGUUCUGCCAAUGUGGACUUCUUCGUUUGGGUUCUCAACGAUGAGUCUGGAUGAGAAGUUGAAGGUUUUGGAGUAUAAUGUUCAGGAUUUUCCAAAGAGUUUUAUGUGUUAUAAGUUCAUUACCACUGAGCAGCCCAAUAUCAUAAAUGAGGUUGGCGGAAUAUCAUGA